GUGAAUCUAGAAGGAUAAAUGAUUGUCUGUUCUGCCUCAAAAUAUUUUAAACAUCAGUGUAAAUGGAAAAGCACAGAGACACAAAUGGAUUGAGAAUGUCCCAGUGCGCUGACUGUGGAAAGAGCUUUAACCAGUUCCACAGCUUGAAAAAACAUCACACCAUUCACAGUGGGGAGAAACCAUAUAUGUGCUCUGUCUGUGGACGAGAUUUCGACUGAUUGUUGAGCCUGGUGAGACACAAGGACGCCUGCACCAUGGAGAAACCAUGGAAAUGUGGGGACUGUGGGAAGGGAUUCAAUUUCCCAUCUCAGCUGGAAAACCAUCGACGCAGUCACACUGGAGAGAGACCGUUCAUCUGCUCUGUGUGUGGGAAGGGAUUCACAGAGUCAUCCAGUCUCCUGUCACACCUGUGCAUUCACACCGGGGAGAGGCCAUUCACCUGCUGUGACUGUGGAAAGGGAUUCACUCGAUCGUACAACCUGCUGUUGCACCAGCGACUUCACACUGAUAAGAGACCUUUUAAAUGUUCCGACUGUAAGAAGAGCUUUAAAAGAAGGAAUUACCUGCUGACACACCAGCGAGUUCACACCGGGGAGAGGCCAUUCACCUGCUCUGAGUGUGGGAAGAGAUUUAUUCAGUCGUCCCAUCUGUUGGCACACCGAAGCAGUCACACCAGGGAGAAGCCGUUUACCUGCUCCGGGUGUGGGAAGGGAUUCACUCGGUCAUCCACCUUGCUGAGACACCAGCAUGUUCAUAUGUGACUGCAGAGAUUCGAUUCUAAUGUUCUUGCUGCUGUUAAUUACAGCCAGGACUGGACCAUGUUCAUUCUGACAGGAGCUCAAUUGGUCUGUGUCAGUGUUUAUGAUCCACAUGAGCUUCCUCCAAUUCUACUUCAUCUCCCCCCAUCAGCAAAACCUUUUAUUUUCUCCCUCAUGUGUACAUCCAGUUCCCCCUUAAAUGUAUCAAUGUUAUUUACCUCAACUACUCCCUGUAGUAGUGAUUUCCACAUUCCCACCUCUCUCUGGGUAAAGGGGAAGAAUUUUAUAGACCUCCAUCGGUGGAUUUUCAGGCGGGGGGGAUCUGUCAAAUCGCCUGUCACAUACCCACCUGCCCCCAACCUGUCUGUAAA